UUGAAGUCAUUAGCCAUUACCCUGCCAUCGUAACCAUGACAGCCGUGUUGUUGGCUUGCAAACGCUAGUAGCAUCGGUUUUGACGUAACGAACGAUAGCGUGACAGGCACCCGUUUUAUAUAUGUAAACCGGCGAGAUAUGUGACCGUCAAAUAAACUGUUAAACGCAGCAAUGACGGGAGGUUUUGACUUGACUUUUUGAUACCGCUCGUGCCAUUUUGGCUCGGCUAUCAAGGGUAGCUAUUAGCCUAACGUUAGCUUCCACGUUCUGAAGUCAUGUUAGCAUCUGUGAAAAUGCCAUUAUUAUUAUUCCGCUUAAGAUGUUCCCUGCGGCUUCAAGAUGCGGGCACGAGAGGGCAAGUUGAGGGCUUGAGCCUUUAGAAACAGAGCGAAGGAGCAUGAUUUCACGGUACAACAGGAGACCCGUAUCGCACAAAAUAGAAAUCCGUGGCCUGUCUCGCAGCAGUCUCGACCACCACCCUCUCCCUGAGGAGGCCGAUCACCAAACCCCUCCGUGCCCCCUCGAUGACGUGGAGCAAGUUGUCUCCAUCCGCAACUGCCCCUCCGACUGUCCUACUGUCAUCUCCUUGGACUCCAGCCGGUCCUGGUCUGGCAUCCACAGCUCCACAGGCACGGCUGUGUCCACAGAGAGGAGCUCUGUCUUCUCCUGGGGCUACGAUGAGUUCGACAAGGCGGCGUCACGCCAAGUGCAGCAAAUGUUUGAGGAGAUUGACAAGGAGCUGUACGAGGGAAAAGGCAGCGGAGGAGGGAUACUCCCGGGGCUACAGGAGGAGUGCCAGCAGUGGGCCACGAGCUUCCCCCAUCUUAGGAUUGUGGGAACUCAGUUGGUGUGUCCAAGUGAUGAGGGGUUCCAGUGGUACGCGACCUCAGGGACAAUGGGUAGCAGCUACAGUAGAAGCCCAUCAACGUCCCAGCAGGUCAUCGGGAAGUCAAGUGAGAAAGAUGACAACAAUAUGGAGUUGAACGUGCUAGGCCGCAGCGCGACGCUGCUGAAGUCCAACUCAACGGAGUUAAACGGGCCUUUAGCCACCCCAAGGGACUCCAGAUCAAGGGUGAUCGAGGUGGAGGGCCACAUGGAGGAGUACCUGGCCUUCGACAGCAUCAGCCUGGAGGACGAAAAGGAGAGGACCUGGCCUGAGCCCUGCCCAAGGCGUCGCUGUAUGCCUCCCGUCUCACCCUACAGGUGUCGCCGUCAGGCUGUUCUCGAUCAUCUGUUUGAUGACCUGUGGCGGCAGCUGGUGGGCUGCAUGAGUGAUUUGCUCCACCGCCAAUGGGAACAUUGCACAUCUGGGCAUGAAAAGCUGUCUGGUAAUUUGACUCGAGUGCAGCAGAGUUCCCUGACAUUAUUCUCCACACUUCCAAGUGUGCUGCCCAAAUUUGGCCAAAGCCACGCUCUCCCCCCGACUCCACCUGCCCCCGGCUUGGCCCUGCAGAAGUCGAGGGGCUCAAAGCACAAGUCUCGCCGGAAGCCCCAAAAGCAGAAAAGGCCGCCCAGUGCCGGAAGGGUCUUGAUCGGAGGCACCCAGCACAACCUGAACGACCUCAUCAUGAUCCAAAGCAUCCCGCUGCCACAGAGGAACCUGGCCGCGCUGGACAGAACUCAGGAUCCCGAGGAGCGCCGUCCCUUGAGACCAUCCUCGGGCACGGCACCUGCCGGCAAGCCCCGUCCCCGCCGAAACCUGGAGCAGAGCUCGUCAUCGUUGACCCGCCCACCUCAGUCGGCCCGCCGCAGAAACCUGGUGCCCCGCACGCUCCAGCCUCUCGUUCCCAGUCUGGGUCAGUCCGGCGCAGCCAGAUCUAUGGAAGAGGUCAUCCGGGUUACACGACUACCCACGGCCAGCGACCACCUGAUGUCUCCAUUGUUUGCACUGAGCAGGAACACGCUCCUGCCGCCCAUUGGCGCUGGAGACGCAGAGUCGUCCCCGUUGGGACAGCAGUCCAAAGCUGCUCAGCGUCAGAAAGGCUUUUCCAGCCGAGCCCACAGCGCCCUGAAUGAUGAGGUUGGUAGUUCCAUUCCAAGAGAUCGCUUUUACCCGCUGGAUGUCUUCUCCCGGCCCAGCACCACGCACACUUACAGGUCGGACACGCCUUACCGGCGCUCCUUCACUGUGCUGGACAGCAUUGGACAGGGGAGGCCUGGUAGAGCCUCGGUAGCCACAGAUUCCCUCGGGAUCGGCGUGACUGGCGUGAGCCUCGGCAUCAGGAGCUCGUCUCUCCUGGACUCGUUUUCCCACCACCCCCUGGGUCGCUGGCGAAUCAGGGAUGAGGAUGAAGAGACAGAUUUUCAGACCCCGCUCCCAGCUCCACUGGUGCCUCUGUCCAUCCCACCUCGGUCUCACAGCCGGGGGGGCAUCUCUUCCAGACCCAACAGACCGGGACUGUAGCUGCUGGCCUCCAAAUGUUUUCACGCACUUUAUCCAUUCUUCUUUCUACUGUAUACACACACACAGUAGAGUGCCCACAUUUCUUUUCUUUUACAGAAAUUUUUCACAUAUUAUUCCAGUUAAUAGCUUUGUCAAAGCUUUAUUUUUGUAUGUCAAAUCAGCUGCCGAAGCUGCCAAAAGAAGAACACUUGGAUCUGAUGUACGUGUGCUUAUUUAAUGGAACAACUUCACUCCUCUGACAAAGGGCAACAACAUACUCAGUGAGACAGUAUUGCAAUAUAUUAGUGCUGCAUUUGUCAGAGUAUUUUUCGAGCUGACUGUGGAGGAAUCAUUACUCUGAACGCAGCUUCCGCCAAGGGAUAAUCACUCAGGAUAAUGGAUGAAAGCAGGUAAAAAUGUCAACGUUCUCCCCAGAUUAUGAUGUGUGUACCCUGUUUAAGCAAUAAGUACACAAAUGCAAAUGAUGUGCAAGAAUAGUAACUUUAUUGCCCACUCAUAACAUUGACAACAUAAAAUCAAGUUACAUUUUAUUACAGGAAGAAUAAAAUAUUCAAACAUUGAAAAUAACAGGGUUUAACAUCGUAACUCAAAAC